UUUUCUUCUUCGUCUGUCUGUACCUCCCCAUUUCUCUGAACAUUUCUCCGACCAGUCCCUUCUUUUUCGAUAAAUAGACUAAUACUUCUCUUCAUCUUCAUGUAAGCAACAAAGUCUUCUAAUUUCUUCGACCGCCAUUGAUAUCUCGAUCCUUGUCAGACACCACACUGGACUGGACUGAUGCCAGUGGCAAAGCUCAAUACAGGUGGAACUCCAGAUGCAAAGAAAAUAGCGGAUCAGGUGAACAAUUCGCUUGAUACUUUCAUCAGGCAAGCUAUGGGAAAGGAACCCCUACCAAGAACUGGGGAAGGUCCUGUUCAGUGGAUGCAGUGGCUUCAUUCUAUGGAUCAGCCAGAUAUUACUGGAUGGUCAUUAUCGAAUCCUUCAAACCUUAAGAUGCAGAAGUGUGAGAAGUGUUCCAGGGAAUUUUGUUCACCUAUUAAUCACCGAAGACAUAUACGUCUGCACCGUAGAUCCUCAAAUUCUGAUAAGGAGUCUCAGAAAUACAGGGAUUUUUUGGGAGCCUUUUGGGACAAGCUCUCGGUAGAUGAGGUUAAGGAAGUUGUAUCAUUGCAAGAUAUUUCACUAAAGGAAACUUCGGGAUCUGCACUUGUUCAGGCCUUGGCAACAGCUUUGGGAAAACCAGCCAUUUGGUCUCUUCCUCGUGUUUAUAUAAAGGCUGGUUCAAAGUUGUUGGAAGUCAUCCAACCUAAACCCUCCAGGCUUCCAGUGACCGCAGAGGAAUUAUUUAGCAUUCUUGAUGAUGCUAGUGAGAGAACAUUCUUAUGCGUUGGCACAGCUGAGUCGGUGGAAAAAUAUGUUUUUGAUGGGGAAGCUGACAAAAUUGGUUUCGACUCAAAGAAUCUGGUUGCUUGCACUAGCUUCCUUUUUGAACAGAAGCUGGUUAAAGCAUGCGCUGAUGAAAAAAAUGCUGAAGCCUUGAGAUGCCAAAGGUUGCUUUUUGAGGAGGAAGAAGCUGCUAAAAAAAAGCACGCUGAGCAACUAGAGAGGAAAAAAGUGAAAAAGCUUCGACAGAAGGAACAGAAAGCAAGGGAGCAAUUAAAUGAGGAAAAAGGAAAUCUGGAGGUACCAGCUGAUUGUUUUGAGGUUCCAUUGGCAGAAAUUCAUAGCGUUCCAGGACCGUCUGACUCCAAUUCUGAUAUUCCUGAUGUAUCUCUGGAUGUCUCCACCUGUCUUAAACUGGUUCAACUCUCCAGCAAUGAAGAUAGGAGCAUUGAAUCCCAAUGUGAUUUCUCUCACCAACACCUGGAUUUGGUAGAAGUUCAGAAUGUUGAACCCCAACCAGUGUCUGCCAAUAGUCAACGGCUUUCUGCCAAUGCUGAAUGGAAACCUGUGCUAUUAGAGAGGAAAAAAGUGAAAAAGCUUCGAAAAAAGGAACAGAAAGCAAGGGAGCAAUCAAAUGAGGAAAAAGGAAAUCUGGAGUUACCAGCUGAUUGUUUUGAGGUUCCAUUGGGAGAAGUACAUAGUGUUCCAGGACCGUCUGACUCCAAUUCUGAUAUUCUUGAUGUAUCUCUGGACGUCUCCACCUGUCUUAAACUGGUUCAAUUCUCCAGCAAUGAAGAUAUGAGCAUUGAAUCCCAGUGUGAUUUCUCUCAUCAACACCUGGAUUCGGUCAAAGUUCAGAAUGUUGAACCCCAACCAUUGUCUGCCAAUGCUGAAUGGAAAGCUGAGCUAUUAGAGAGGAAAAAAGUGAAAAAGCUUCGAAAGAAGGAACCAAAAGCAAGGGAGCAAUCAAAUGAGGAAAAAGGAAAUCUGGAGGUACCGGCUGAUUGUUUUGAGGUUCCAUUGGCAGAAGUACAUAGCGUUCCAGGACCGUCUGACUCCAAUUAUGAUAUUCCUGAUGUAUCUCUGAACGUCUCCACCUGUGUUAAACUGGUUCAAUUCUCCAGCAAUGAAGAUAUGAGCGUUGAAUCCCAAUGUGAUCUCUCUCACCAACACCUGGAUUCGGUCAAAGUUCAUGAUGGUGAACCCCGACCAGUGUCUGCCAAUAGUCGACGGCUUUCUGCCAAUGCUGAGUGGCAAGCUCCAAAAUCGCAAAGGUUUGGCCGAAAUGGUAGCAAUCAAAAUCAUCAAGCAAAAGUUGAACCUUUACAGAAGCACAAGGACAGUGUUUCCCCUGUUAAUAGCAGAAAGAUAUGGACUAGAAAAGUUAGUGUGGAAAGUGAUGAUGCUUCAAUACUGGAGGUGCAGAAAGAGGCAAUCGAUCAGAAGCAGAGGAGCUCUGAAGUGAUGAUUGGUUCUCUAUCUAUUUCAGUGAAAGAUUGGAGCACUGGCCGACAGGGAAACUGCCCUGUCGAAGCAGGAGCUGGAAGCACAGAGCCUGCCAUGCCUAAAAAGUGCAAUAUUGUUGAGAAGCCAGCUAAGCAUAAUGCUUUUCAGAUUGGGUCAAACAGAGUAGCUGCCAAGCUUUAUAUGCCUGUGAGGCAUGAAGUUGGAAGACAAGAUCCUGAAGAGGGUGUAAUAUCUUUGAAGUUUGAUGAUCGGACGUCAUUGCAUGAAAAUCCUUUGCAGUCAUGUCCCAUGGACAGCUCUGGCACUCAUAAGAAUUGUCAGGUUCCUGAUGGAAAUGCACAUCAAGGUUGGGGAUUUUCAAUUAGCGUGGCAAAAGCUUUUCUUGCUCAGAGAUGGAAGGAGGCCAUCACUGGAGAUCAUGUCAUGUUAAUGCGUUGUCCUGACACUAAGUUCUCAGAGCGCCCAGAAGUGCCAAGUAGCAGUUCAGAAAUAGCCCCAACAUUAGAUUCUGGGGAAGAUUCCGCUGUUUCCAGUGUUGACGAUCUGCUGCCAAAAGAUGGAGUUGUUCAGUCAUCUUCAAGUAGAAAAAAUAAGGUCAAGUUUAGGCCAGAGACUGAAAAGGGUAUUAAGAUAAAGUACAUUCUCAAGCCAAAAACCCAUCAUUUAGGAAGUGAAAGGUAACUUUCUUACUCACACCCAAUUGUGCAGUUCCUAGCCAUUGCAGCAGAGGUUCCUUUUUACCAGUGGCCUUCUGUCAGAGUGUUAAACAAAGAGAGUUCUAGAGAAGUAGCUAGUUGUCUCAUCCCCUCUAAAUUUGAGUCAACACAGCAUUGUUUCUCUCAGGCUUGUGCUCCUUACAAUUUUGUUGUAAUGAGGUAGGGUUUUUCUUUUCGGUGUCAUUUGUCAAUUCUUUCUGCUCACCAGAUACCUUGUAUGUUUAGCCAAUGUAUGUAUCGAUUCAAAUCAAUUGAUGAAAAUGAUCCCAAAGAUUACAUAGCAACAAUUUUCGUGUUUUUUUUAUUCUUAUUAUACCUGUUUGAUUGGGGCAGCCCUCACCCCUCCCCUCUCUGUCCAUUGAUGUCCCUAAAUGCUGGUUUUUGUUUGUAAGGCUUUGACCGAACUUCUAAUUUGAGCAAACAUUACC